AAAACGGGGGAAGCUCGCUCAAGAACCGGCUGGGCUGUCGUCGGGAACUCAGCAUGCCACAAAACAAAUGCUGAGCGCGCCUCCGGAACAACCGAAUUCACCUCCCGAGCGGCGAUAGUUGACGGCCACGCCCCGUUUCCACCGACCAGAGUCCGUAGAAAAAAACUGCCGGCGGAGGCGCAGCGGUUUGAAAAGCCAGCAGGGCGGCUAACGGGGCUCACAGCGGAGAGGAAGCAGGAGCUGUUUUGGGAACCAUGAGAGAGUACAAAGUAGUGGUUCUCGGGUCCGGCGGGGUCGGAAAAUCCGCAUUAACCGUCCAGUUCGUGACGGGCUCCUUCAUAGAGAAAUACGACCCCACGAUAGAGGAUUUCUACCGAAAGGAGAUCGAGGUGGACUCCUCUCCGUCCGUCCUGGAGAUCCUGGACACGGCGGGCACCGAGCAGUUCGCCUCCAUGCGAGACCUGUACAUCAAAAACGGGCAGGGCUUCAUCCUGGUCUACAGCCUGGUCAACCAGCAGAGCUUCCAGGACAUCAAGCCCAUGAGGGAUCAGAUCAUCCGGGUGAAGAGGUACGAGAGGGUGCCGAUGAUCCUGGUCGGAAACAAAGUGGACCUGGAGGGGGAGAGGGAGGUGUCGUCCGGGGAGGGCAAGGCUCUGGCGGACGACUGGAACUGCCCGUUCAUGGAAACUUCAGCCAAAAAUAAAAGCUCGGUGGACGAACUGUUUGCAGAGAUAGUCCGACAGAUGAACUAUGCCUCAACACCAAAUGGCGACGACCAGUGCUGCUCGUCUUGUGUUAUUCUUUAAGGAAAAUGGACAAUCAUAAAGUUUUUUUUCUUUGCUCGGUUUUAAGUUUGCAAUGUGUGUUGCAGCAAGUCUGUACUGUUGAGCUCUUCUUCGUGUCUCACCCCGGCCUUGGAGGAAAAUGAAGGGAGGAAUGCUGCAAGGGGGGACGAGAGGAGGAGGAGGAGGGAAGCAACUGAGACAGAGGGAGAGGUCCACUCUUCAGGAAUUCUGCUGGGUUGGAGUAUCUUCGCUGCACGAUCAGUGUCCAACAUCGAUGUCAACGCAGUGUCAGAUCCAGCAGCGACCACCCUUCCCCUUCUCACCAACUGUACUCCCAGCUGGAACUAAACCCCAAUGGAGAAAAAAGAUAUGGACAGUAUCACUUAGAGAAACUCAUAAAUGGAUAUUUCUGUAUAAGAAGAAGACAGGGAGAUAGAGUAUAUUUUGGUAAAUAACUGCACAGUCUGAGGCAGGUGAAGAUUUCAACUGCCUAAACCCAAUUUGGGGCAACUAAUGCUCCACGACACUCCAAAAUCCUAUUUUUUUUUCUUUUCCAAAGUCCGAAGAAAACUCACCACGCUUCUGCUGGUGGAGUAAACGUGACGAGGGCCAUUUUUUCUGUCGUUAUCAGUGUGCGAGAGGUCCCUAACUGAAGUGACAUGGGGACGCUGACCCGAUCGCGCUUGUGUCGAGUGCCUUUCCGAAAACAAAUCAGCUGUUCAGAUUUUAGUGCCAACCUAUUACCAAAAGAACCCUUCGACAUGGCAAUCCACAAACUAGUAGAAACUCUUCUUCUGGAUAAUCUCGUAAGGGUGGAGGCUGAAAAACAAAAACCAAUGACUACAAUAGGAUUUUGUUAAUGGAAUGGCGGUUUUCUGUAUGUUUUACAUGGGCCUUUUUGAAGUCUAAAGGUGUUCAUUUCCAAUGUCUGCUUGGUCUGGCCAAACCGUAUAUCUUGAAACGCACAGGUACUGGAACCCUCUAGAUGUGUGAGAACAACACGCAUCGCUUACCCUUUUCCAGACCACUUAAAAUCAAAGGAAUUCUGUUUGUUCUCUUUAUUUUGUUGUUUUUAACAGGAAAUGUGAUGAUGUUGACAAAUCUAACCUGAUUGUAAGUUAAAUUUCAGACCAGCCGUUUAACAGGGAGGGCUGUCUGUUUUAAAGAAAAAAAAAAGACUUUUAAUACAAAUUGCAUUUUUUAAAAAAGAAA